AUGUCUACCUUUCACCAAGUCCUUGAGUGGAAAGCAACCGGCGUCGAGGAAACCAUCGGCUACAAGUUCGCUGACCGCGCCGUUCUCAAGGAGGCUCUGCUUGCCCCCGGCUCCGUGCCCCUGGCCAUCACCACAGAGCGCACCGGCAACAAGGACCUCGCGCAGAUCGGCGACGCAGUCCUUAGACUGAUUCUCAUCCUGGACGGCUAUAUCGCCAAAGCAGAUAGAGCUAAGAUCAACGACGUCGUCUCGCCCAUGGUCAGCAACCCAAAUCUGGCGGCAAAGGGCUUCAAAGUUGGACUCGAACAGCAUAUCCUCGCCAAUCCUUCUCAGCAGGGUCUCGUCUCCCACGGAGUCAUGGCGAACGCUGUCGAGGCGAUCCUCGGUGCCGUCUACCUCGAUAGUAAUCUGAAUACCCAGGCCGUUCGUUCGGCGAUGGCUUGUCUGGGCUUGGCCUGGCCUGUUGGAAAAACUACUGACUGA